UUAGUGAUUAUGUUUUUUGAAGAUUAAAAAAAAAAAUAGUUUUUCUAUAAAUUUUAUUUUUUACAGUCUAAGAUCCUAAGCCACUGCGCUUACUGAAUGAUCGAAUGUGAAUAUUGCUACUACGAUGUUGGGAAGUUUGAGGUUCGUCGCCCGGGGCAUUGCAAACAUUACUAUUGCUGCUGAAAGACGACAUGCACACCCAACUAUACGAUCUAUCUGUUCAUUAAAUCAGCUGCCUCUGGGUUCACCUACAUUACCUAUUUCUAUUAAACUGCCUACCAUUAUAACAAAAAAAAUUAUAGAGAAGCCAAUUCCUUGUAUUCCUUUAAGAAUCCCUCGACCAACAGUAUCUCUCCCAUUGGCUGAUCCAAUAGUUGAUAAUGAUAACGAAAUUCAAGCAGCUCGACUGAUUGUAAUUCGUCGUAAGAAAAUGAAAAAACACAAAUUGAGAAAGUUAAGAAAGCGUAUGAAGUAUGUGUGGGCCAAAGUUAGACAAAAGAGAGAAAUGAGAAAAGAAAAGGCGUUUCAAGCUGAAUUAAUGGGACAGGUAAAAGAAGCUGAAAAAUUUAGUCCAAUAAAUUAUGUACAAGAAAAACUGAAUAUUGUUAAUAUGACAAUAUUGCCAAAUAGGUGGAGAGGAAAACGACUACCUGAAUUUGUUAUAAAGGAUUUAAUAGCCAAAGCUCAAGCUAAAAAACAAGCAAAAAUUGAAAGUGUAGAACGGAGAAAAAAAUUUAUGGCUUCUUACAAACAAAAGUGAUUUUAUGAUUGYAAGAAAUGUAAUUUAAAUUAUUAGUAUAAUAAAUCUGUAAGUUUGGGUAUUUA